AUGGGGAAAAAGACGUGCAAGUACUGGCCAGACAGGAGCGAGGGAUUCCACGAUAUCGAGGAUCUGCUCCGCACUAGGCUGCAACCCAAGAUGGCGGCCCUGCCGCGAAGAUCUCCUUCCUGCUCCUCGGAAGAUCUGGAGUAUGUCGCUCCGGACCCGAUCCCAGAAGUCAGGGCCACGUCUGCUAGGAAGGAUAACAGAGCUCCUAAGGUAGAUGAAGACAGUGCCCCAACUACCAAGGGUGACCUGAAACACCUCCUGAAUGAGCUCCGUACAAUGUUCCAAGCUGACUGUGCAAAGAUACGGGAGGAUAUGUGA